CGCAAUUGUUGCUAUUUUUAAUCAGGUUAGCGCCGCCAGGUCCAACCACGGCCACGACGAUGCGCCGGGAUCCACCAUUUUCCAAGGCCAACAACGACGCUCCGUCCCUCGGGCAACGACGUUACCGCCCGUAAACAGUUCCUGUCACUUUGCCUGUAACCUCUUUACUGCCACCCACACCACACACACAUGCACACUCUUUUCGAUGCCACACCAUCCGUACUUCACUUCUCUUCACAUUCCUGCGAGGUCAGUUCUACAUAUUGGCGGCCCGCGAAGAGAGCGUCGACAUCGCAGCCGAUCAGGAUUUACCGUUCGAGACAUCCCGAGCCAGCACCUUCGCCGCAUCGACGGAAAGCAUACACCGCUGCCGACCUCACCGACAUUCACCGCCCGUCGUGUACUUGACUGCGUCUGUAUACAUCACCAUCGCCUUUUUCUUUUUUUUCGUAGAAAUUGGGGAGGAUGCCUGCGGCCACAGAUGGCCCGGCGGUGGCACUGUCGUUCGCCAACAACUUUUGGGGCAAAGAUGAUGCCGGUGUAGGACCGCUUCUCGACCGCAUGGCUUCUGCGAAGCAGACCAGCGAUGAACUGAGAUCCUUUUAUAGUGCCCGCGCGAGUAUCGAAGAUGAGUACGCCCGCAAGCUCAUGGCGCUUUGCCGGAAACCUCUCGGGUCGCACGAGAUGGGCAGUCUCAAGGUCUCGCUGGAUACGGUACGAGGAGAGGUCGAGUGCAUGGCAAAGCAGCAUGCCACUAUCGCCUCCCAGAUGAAGACCGAGCUGGAGGAGCCGCUGGCGGCCUUCGCCGGGGGGAUGAAGGAGAGGCGGAAGAUUGUGCAAAAUACUGUAGAGAAGCUUCUUAAGGUGAAGAUCCAGCAGACGAACGCUGUCAACAAGACCCGCGACCGUUACGAGCAGGACUGCCUGAAGAUCAAGGGCUAUCUCGCCCAGGGACACAUGGUCAUGGGCCAGGAGGAGAGGAAGAACAAGGCCAGGCUGGAGAAGACGCAGAUCAGUCUGGCGGCGACCAACGCCGACUACGAGAAUGCGGUCAAGGUUCUGGAAGACACGACCGCCAGGUGGAACAGGGAAUGGAAGUCCGCGGCCGACAGGUUCCAAGACCUCGAGGAGGAGAGACUGGAUUUCACUAAGAGUAGCUUGUGGUCAUUCGCUAAUAUCGCUUCGACCGUUUGCGUUAGCGACGAUGCGUCGUGCGAGAAGAUCCGCCUCUCGCUCGAGAAGAUGGACGUCGAGAAGGACAUCACCCACUUCAUCACCGAGAAGGGCACCGGCCAGGAAAUUCCCGACCCCCCCAAGUACAUCAACUUCUGCCGAGGAGACGUCGAGGACCACCAUUCGGAAACUGACGACGACGAGAACUACUCGGUGGCACAAUUCCCGCGAAGCAUCAAUCCCGCCUUCCGCACGUCUUCGCCCCAGCCGUCUACGCUCGAAUCGCACCACGAUCCCAAUUCUUCCUUCGCCAGGGGCUCGACACACCAGGAGUCCCCGGCAUCAUCCAGCAAGGACCUGGUCGUCACGCAACAAAAGGUUUCGGCCUCCCUCCCCCCCCAGCAGGACCGAAGGCAGGGAAACAGAUUACAGAAGCAGAUCCCUCAAAGCAUCAACCCCGGCUACCGCGCCCCUUCGCCGCAGCCCUCUACCUUUGAGUCUCAUCACGAUCCGGACUCCGCGCUUGCCCGAGACCUACAACACUACGAUCCCAAUUUGGGCGCCCGCGACGCUCGUGAUGUUUUCCCAGAAAUUCCCAGGAAUGUCCCUCGCGACGUUGCCCGAGGCUUCCCUCGAGAUGUACAACGCCACGAACCGAGCUCAUCCAUCCCCCGCGAGAUGCCGCGAGAUGCCAUUCGGGAAGCUCCUCGGGACGCUAUGCAACGUUACGAGGCCGCUCCCAUUCCCCGUGACAUGCCUCGAGACGCGUCUAGAGACCUUGGCCGAGAUAUGCCGCGGGAGGCCCCCCGGGAGACUCCCAAGGAUGCCCCCCGAGAUAUCUCACAGGACGUUCCUCGCGAUACCAUGACUCGCGAUAUACAACGUUACGAUCCCAAUUCAAUCUCUCGUGAUGUUGUCCGCGGCCUUCCUAGAGACAUCUCUCGAGACAUUUCUAGGGACGUUGUUUCUAGAGAUGUACCUAGGGAGGCCAUUAGAGAUAUACCUAGAGAAGUCCCGAGAGAUAUGCCUAUGGAUAUCUCUAGAGAGGUUACCAGGGAGAUUCCGAGAGAGGUUCCUAGAGAGAUCCUCAGGGAAAGCCCCAGAGAGGUUCCCAGAGAUGUUCUUAGAGAGACUCCUAGAGACAGUCUCAGAGAUAUUCCUAGAGAUGUCCCUCGGGACGUCCCCAGAGAGGCUCCCCGGGAGGUAUCUCGAGACUUACAGCGCUAUGACCCGAAAAACUCACUUACCAGGGCUCAACGCGAUCGGCGUUAUGACCCCAACCCUCCUGCUCCUCGUGACCUACAACGGCACGAUCCCAUCUCUCCUGUCACGCGGGACUUCCCACGUAGUGAACCGCCAGCCGUCACUGAUAGGGAGCCCGUCACACCGGCAGAAGAAUCUCCAAGCCCUGCUGUCGCUCCACAAGAUCGGCGGAAGGGAAGUGUGGUGGCACCGCAAUAUGAUACCUCUCAAUUUGCGGCCGUCCCCCACGACCCAUACCCGAUGGAUGGGAUGACUAUGUUAUGCCGCACGGACGGCAUGAAUUCAGCGACGAGCUCGAACUUGUCCGCGCGGCCCUCUAGCCGUGACGAGCACAGCGAUUACUCCAACCCAACAUCGCUCUCUAGUCAGGAACCGCCGACCGGCAAAGUAUCGCCUGUGAAGCAGGAGCCCGUGGCGGCAGCCCAACCAGAGAAGCAGGUCUUCAAGAAGAAGAGUGGCUUUUUCCAGAGCCGCAGUCCGUUCCGGAGGAAGAGCAUCAAGGAAUCCCAGGCGCCGCCGGUGGUGUCGAACAGAAACACCUGGGCCCCUGUGUCGUCCCAGAACACCAUUUCCCGGCGUUCCCAGGCUUUUCAGUCAGAGCCUAAGACCCCGAUCACAGAUCUCGCGGAAAAGACAGCAAGCCCCGAGCCCAUCGAGGCGAAUGCAAGCCUAGCAUUGAACAUCGGGCAGAACGUAUUCCCCGUUGCGAAUACGGACAAGCGCAGCAAGGCUGCCGACAGCAGUCCGACGCAGAAGGACGAGCCCGAUCCAAUUGCCCUCGCCUUGGCGGAGCUAAAAGGAGUAACCGGCCACAAACAAUCCGCGGGCCGGAUCUCGGCUGAUCACUACCACGGCAUCGUCACCCCGGUGCCCGAGAGACAGCCGGCCCAGCCCCAGCCCCAGCCCCAGCCUCAGGCCCAACCGCAGGUUCAGAGCCAGGCCCUAACUCGUACGGUGCACAACAGGGCGAAUAGCGACAUGGCCGCUGGCCUAAGAGGCACGCCGCCGCCAUCCUAUGACCAACAAGUGCAAAGACUAGGGGUUCCGCCCCCAGCGGUGACGUCCAAGGCUAUGCAGGAGGCGUCGCGAAAGUAUGUGGAGCAGACCAGAGAUAUGUUCGGCUCGAAACGCCCCGGGUCCAGCGCAUACAACAAUAGCUCGUCAUCGUUUAGCAACAGCGCGCCGGCUCGCCCGACGACCCGAGGUAGCGACAUGCCCCGCGCCGCAUCGCCUGCGCCCACUCGCAGUGCGUCCCCACACACGGGAGCGGCUCCGGAUUCGCGCCAGAGCUACCGGUCGGCUUCCCCGAACCCGUACAGCGGCGGCCAGCCGCAGCAGAUGCCGUCGCAGCAGCGGCACUCACAAUCGCCGCGGACCAGCAUGUCGACGAAACGUAACUCGGACCAGGGGUCCUACUACCGGCACCACUCUCCGAGCGGCUCAAUGCGCACGAAAUCGCCGUCCCCGAUCCCGUACCGAGGCGACUACAGCCGUCCGACCAGUAGGGCUGGCGAGAUGGCGAUGCAGCUCGCGCCGGUCGGCGGCGGGAUGGGGCCAGGAUCGGCGGACGGAUCGGCGUACGGCGGAUCGAUGCGAGGAAGAGGAAGCGGCCGGCCCGGCACGAGCGCGAGCUCGCGGGCCAUGACAUUCUACGACCCGAGGGACCCGGUGGCAGAGAGUACGCGCCAACGCAGCAAGAGCGUGGCGGACCCAAGUCGGCAGUACACGCCGGACGGGCGGGCAAUCAUUCAUUACGCCCGAGCCUUAUAUAUGUACCAGGCUGCGAUCCCGGAGGAGCUCGGAUUCGCUAAGGGCGAUAUCCUGGCUGUACUCCGACACCAGGACGACGGAUGGUGGGAGGCUGAGAUCCACUCAGGCAAUGGUGCAGGCAGAGGCGGGCUAGUGCCUAGUAAUUAUCUGCAGCCCUGCUAGACGCCCAGAGGAACGGCUGUCUGGCUGUACCUGAUUUCUUCUCUUCUCUUUUCCCUUCUUUUCUUUCGUGACGAGACUAAGAAUAACACUUUCCCAGACUUUUCGUGGAGGUCAACAUCCCACCUACCCCCAACGUAAGGUAGGCAUGCAAUAUGCAAUACGGGUGGCGCAUCUGAGAUGUUUGAGAUGUAAGACAUGCGGAUACGUGGCGGGCCUUGGGGGGAUAGGAAGGCUUUUGGGG